AUGUUUCAGAUUUGUAGUUUUUGCCUUUUAAUCAGUUUUUGUUUUAAUUUGUGCCAGUGCUUAGAUGAAGCUUGGUAUUCGUACCAAAAAACAACAAAAUAUGCCAAUAGAGAAGAACUCGUAGUAACAAACAUAACAGCUGAAACUGUGUUUCCAAUGCAUAAGAAUAUCACAAAAUGGAAAAGUUUGACUAUAGGCCCUACUUGCUAUUCUAUAGGACUUUUAGAUACAGGAUUGCACAUUUUAACCACUGUUUUAAACAAAAAUAAAAAUGGUUUCGACAUAGAUAGCAAAGAAAUUGAUUUGGAAAAUAAACCUUCAGAUAUUAUUUUACUCCAUCAUCGAGAAAACGGCGUAUCAGAAAUGCUUAUUAUUGUUUCGUUCUAUAAUAAACCUGGGUUGAAAUGGAUCAAAAUGUCUCAAAAUCAUUUAGAUCUACAUUUUUGGAAUUGGCAUUCGGAAGUCCCCGUUUGCCAUAUCAAUACUUUCAUACUUGAACAAAAACAAGUUUUGUUGCUGAUUGAAAAUGCAGAAGAAAAUCCAGUAGCUUAUCUCUAUGGAUUCGAUCUGAAAACCAAACCUAUGACUUACUGGCAUAUGCAGUCCCUCAAUUUAUCAACUAGUGCAAAUACGUCAGCCUUCAACAAAUUUGAAUCCGAUGUUUACCUCUCCAUACCUCAGCAAUCACUUGAUUCCGUCUACAUCUACAAAUACCUGGAACACCACUUCAUCCUACACAAACGCAUCGACAGCCCAAAUCUAACCAUGGUGACGUCAUUCCGGAUAGGUUUCAAGUCCUACUUGGCCAUUGAUGGGUUCAAGGCGGCAAUUUUCGAGUUUUCAAAAAACGGACUGGUCGACAAGAAGAUUACAAAUAGCCAUUUGGACGGUAUCUAUUUUUGGUUACCAGUGCCAGUCCAGAACUAUAGGGAUGAAGUCAUUUUGUUUGCUCAAAGGAUGCUAGAUCAUGGUAGUCAUGUGACUUACGUCGUUGACGUCAUCACAAAUAAUGGUGAUAAUUUUGAAGAGCAUGAAGACAUACCUUGUACCUCAUUUGAAGAAAAAUCCCCUUGGUUAACCUGUUUAACUCACGAGAAUGGCAUCAUCGGAGCCAGUUAUAUAUCUGUUGGUGAAAAAUUAGGGCUGAUAGUACCGAGACCAGAAAACGGAACUUUCGUACUAUACAUGAUACAUAGUACUAUCAAGCAGAUGCCAAAUCCGAAAAUAAGUGAAUUGAAAAAGUUGCAAGAACUGAGAGAAAAACUACAGGAACUGAUUGAUGAGCAGAAUGAAGAAUACGAAGAGCUUCAGCGCCUCCAACCAAAUUCAGCUCGAGAUAUAACAGAUUCAUCAGAUUUUCAAGUUGAAGAUAACAUUUUAGCUGCAUCACAACCAGAAGACAUCGAGAAACAGAACAACAGCCUUCAAAACUUGGGUUUAAGAAUUCAAGAAGCUCAGGAGAGAAUCAGUGAAAUCAAAAAAAUCGAGAAUCGAACUGAAUUUGAUACUAUUACGGUAUUAGGCGAAGUCAAAUUUGAAGGCGAUUUAGUCAUACAACAUGCAAACAUCGAAAGAAUUAAUGGUGAUAUGGCUACUGAAUUGCUGCAAGAUAUUGUCAGGAAGAAUAAUAUAAACAGAGUUCUGAGAAACAAGACCUUCUCAGAUAUGGAAGUCGAUUCCAUCGAUUUUGAAACCAUCAACGAUAUUAACGCUACCAACAUCGUAUACAAAGAACCUGAAAUUAUAUUCAAUGGUGACGUGAUUUUUGAGAAGCCAGUUGUGCUAUCUGCUCUCCAUCUGACCACAGGAAAAGUAAACGAUAUAAAUCUUGCUGAAGAAAUAAUCGACAUCCAAAAAGCAUACAAUGGACACUUGGAGUUUGAGGAAAUAAGGAUAGCUGGAAAGCUAGAAGCCAAAAAAAUAAAUCACUUGGUUCUUCGUCUAAAUAACACUAACGACAUUCCACCUAGCGAGGAUACCGAUUCCAUUUUCAUACCCCAGAAUGUAACCGUGAAAUUCAUCAAUGGAGAAAGUUUCGAAGAUUUCCUCAAUAGCUUGUGCCUCGUCAAUGUAAAAUGCUAUAUUCCUGGGAAUACUACAGUGAUUGGAGGUAUUAUUGCAGAAGAAGCUUAUACGGACUUUCUCAACGGUCUCAAAUUCCCUGAUGAGUUCAUCCUCAGGGACUCGAUAUCACAUGCCAAUAUUACAGGCCGUAAAGAUUUCAAACGAUCUCUAACAGCCAAAGAAGUUAGAACUGCUGGUACCAUAGAUGGGAUAGACACAGAACAGCUGGUUACGCUAACCACCAAUCAGGAGAUACCUGGUAAACUGAUUUUCAAGGACAUAGAGCUGAAAGAAGAACUAAAUGUCACAGGGAAAAUUUUGGGUGCACACAUCGACAAGUUUAUUCCGAAUCCUACUUUGGAAGUUACUCACUUCAUAAAAACCAAUGUCAAUUUCAAAAAUAUAGAGGUUGAAGGAAACAUUAUUCUUGAAGACCACUUCAAUGGACAGAAUUUCGAAGGUCUCUUGAAUGAUUUUGUCUAUGCGGAUGAAGAAAGUGCUAAUAUAACAGGUACUAAACACUUUUCCAAAGGCUUAUCUGUUCAAGGAAAUCUAGAUAUAGAAUCCAACUCAAUUAACAAUGUUAACUUGAACUCUUUGGUGACCAAGGAUACAGACCAAGAUUUACACAUGAGGCAUUUGAAUGGAGCUGUUACCAUUAACGACCUCAUAGUCCUUGGUACUUUCAACGGGAAAAAUAUAACGCAGUUGGACGAAAGUCUCGUGAAACUAACAGGAGAACAAUUCAUAGAAUCAACCUUGAUCUUCAAUGAUGACGUACACGUGGAUAAAUUGGAAAUCGUUGGGAAAUUGAAUGACCUUGAAGCUAGCGAAUAUUUGUACACUUCUGGGGAUGUUACAAUCGACAACGAUAUUGUAUUCGAGAAUAUCAUAGUGGAUAAUAUGUUGGUGAAAGGGGAUCUGAAUGGAAACAUCUCCAACUUUGAUUUGAGAGAUAUUCAUGAGAGGUAUUUGAGCUACACGAAAGAUCAAAGCAUUGACACUGAUUUCCAUGUAGAAUCUGCAACAGUCGAGAAUCUGAAAGCUGAAACCAUUAACGGUAUGAAUUUUGCUGAAUUGUUUGAUGAAGAUAGUUUCAUAAGAAACGUUACACAGCUUUUGAACGAUGGAACCAUCAAAGUAAAAAUUUUGAACGUCAACGGUUCGAUACAAACUGAUACAGUGAACAACAGAAAAUUGAGUGAUAUUUUGCCGGGAGAUAUCUUGAGAAAUUCAGCUGGUGAAUUGAAGAAAAAUUUAGUAUUUGGGGGUGAUGUUUAUUUCACCGAGGUAGAAAUCGAAAAACUGAGUUCGAUCCCGUGGAACGAUUUCGUUGAGCAAAUAGUUUUCAAAAAUGAAACAGAUGUGGUCUUCAAGGGGACAAAGUUGUUCAACGAAGGGAUCGUUGUUGAAAAGCUGAUUGAAACUGAAAAAAUCAACAAUGUUCGUCUGGCUAAUAUCCUCUCGAUAGAGGGAGAACAAAUAAUACGUGGGCCUAUAACGAUCAAGGGUGACGUAUUUUUCGAGGAUUUGAAUGUUCUCGAAAACGUCGAUGAUGUUCCACUCGGAGAUAUCUUGAAUUUUCUGAUUUACCACAAUGGGACUUACAUCUAUCAAGGUGAUAUGGUUUUCGAAAGAUUGGUCCAUAUAAAAAACCUUUCAAUUCAUGGUACAGUCAACGACGAAAAAAUUGAUGACUUCUUUGAAGAUGUAGUUUUGACACAAGGCGAUACAAGAAUGACUGGAGAGAUAAUUUUCAAGAAACCUGUUAAUAUAACUGGAAACUUAGUAGUAAAAUCUUUGAAUGGUUUGAAUAUUACGGAUAUUGGUUCUAAAAUUGUUCUCACAACGGAUGAUGCUGAAAUAAGCGGUCCUGUGGCAUUUUCAAAACCGAUUGUGAUGAAGCAGAAUAUGAAAAUCCGGAAGGAUUUGAGCACCAACUAUCUACGAGGUUUUUCUACAGACGUUUGGUUGGAUAGGGCUGUUUUUCUAGAUAGAGGAUUUUUGAAAGGCCAUUACACUUUUGAGGAUGUAACUAUCAAUGACGAUCUAGUGGCGAAUUUCAUCAACGAUAUGAAUAUGAGCAGAAUUAUACCAUUAAGAUCGAAUCAAACCAUAGAUUACUUGGAAUUCGGAGAAGUCACAUCAGUCCAUGACAUCAACGUAGGAAAUUUCGUGAACGGUUUCAAAUUACCUGAAGAAUUUGAAAAUACAAUUAUGGCUGAUCUUGACCAAGAAAUAUUCGGUAACAUAAUUCUGAAAAACAACAUCGUGAUUCGUGGUAACCUAACCACUGCCACCAUCAACAGCAAAAAUGCAUCAAAAAUCGUUACUACCCACACCGAUCAAAACCUCACAGCUUCCUACAACUUCAACGCGAAAUGUACAUUGGACUCAGGUCUGGAGGUCCUGGGGUCCAUUAGCGGAAUCAAUAUGACAGCUUGGGCGAAUGAAAGCUUGAAAAUUGUAUCCAACAAGCCGCAGAAUGUCGACAAGGACUGGCACAUUUCAGAAAACUUGACUUUCACCGAUGAUGUUUUCAGCGAUAGCUUGAUAAAUGGGUUGAAUUUGAGUUUAAUUUCCGAGGAAGUUAACCUGAGAAGAAAUUAUAAGUACACUUAUGAGAGUGCUGUCAUUGAUGACUACAAUAAUCUUUGUACAGACGUCACUUAUUUGUACGAAAAAGCCAAAACCCAAAUCUACAAAUUCAAAUAUUUCGAAGAUCUUCAGGAGCUGUCUUUCGCCAAGGACCUCAAAUACGUCUUUUAUUUUGCACACGAAAACAGUUCCUAUUUAUUAGUUAAUGAAGAUUGUUUAUCUCAUUUACUCGAAUUUAACGGCACAAAAUUCAAUAAAAUAUCAAAGGGACAGCCCACUGGACUCAUUGAACAAGUUGUAGCAGUUUGGGACGAUAAUGAUUUAUACUUAGUCAUAAGAGGGCCCAGUGAAGAACAAAAAUGUACGAAAAAAACCAAAAGUUUAACUGGGACUGUAAUGUGGAAAUUCGAAAACACCAGUUUACAGUUCGUUAACACUUUGGAAAACCAAGAACUCUUACAAGAAUCCUUAGUACCAGGUACUUUCUAUGGCAUAAGCAAGGAAGAAGUUAUUGAGUUCAAAAUACUGAAGAAUUUCAGUGCUAGGAAAUACAGGAAAUGGAUAAUUCAAGAAGAUAAUGCUGCUUUCAUGCCUAGAGGAUUGAAAACUGGACUAUCUUUAAGAACUGGAGAGAAGAUCGUGUAUUUAGACAGAACAGAACCUGUGAUUGAGAAUGAUAUGAACGAUAUUGAUGUGGAAUCCAUCAUAAGAGGAACCGUGGACAAAGCAAAUAACCAUUUCAUACCAGGAAGAAAUGGUGGUGAUAUAGCUGUUUUGAAUGUGGGCAUGAAGAACACCAGGAAAAGUCUUUUGGCUGUUGCAACUCAUGAGGAAACUAUCAUCAAAGGCCGUUUAGACUUAAUUAAGAUCUACGAAGAUGUAAGGCAUGGAGAACUUUUUGAUAAAGUGCCGACGUACAAGCCAUCAUCACUUCUAUCAAUAGAAUUCGACCAAGGAGAAACUUUGCUGGCAUUCAUUGAGAAUAAAAGAACGCUGAGAAUUUUCGAAUACAAAGGAAUUGAGGGAUUCAAACAUAGAACUUCGGUUAAAUUACCUGGAUCUCAAAUUUUUCAGAUGACUUUACCAAUAAGAUCGUACUUGAACCCUAGAAAAGUUAUAGGAAUCAUCAACAAAAAUAAAAUAAGAUUAAUUCAAGCAGUGAUGGAUGGCAAUAAGAUUAGAGAUGAUAUGAAAUGUGAAUUAUAA